UGUCAUGAUAAUUAUUUUUGAAAAAAAAGAUUCGGUGUCUCGUGAUCGAUCCCAGUUACGUGCAUAUUCAGGAGUAUACCAUCUAUCUGACAAACUGAAAUGGGUCCACAUUGGAAGUGUUAUUCUGAUGAAGAACUUGAAGUCCAGUAUUCUCCUAGUAAGUGGUCAACACGUGAGGAUGCUGUCGGGACAUACUUAGAUAUAAUAGGAAAAGGCAGUAUCCAUGUAAGGAAUACCCUUGAAUGUCAUCUUAAUAUCCAAUAUGGAGAUUUAUCAGAUGAAAAAGUGGACAUAUUCUGUCCAGCAUCACUACCAAAAGAUGCUCCGGUGUUUGUGUAUAUACAUGGGGGAUACUGGCAGUUAAAUUGUUUAGAAUUGAACUGCUACAUGGCUGAGACAUUUUACAAAGCUGGAGCUGCAACUGCCACUAUAGGAUAUGCCAAGGCUCCAUCAGUGAGCCUGGCACAUAUAACUAAGACAAUCAAGAAAGGAGUGGAACUUGUCUUACAAUGGGCUAUGGACAGGGGCUCAAGGGGUGUAUGCAUAUCAGGGCAUUCUGCAGGAGGUCAGCUGGUGGCAAUGAUGCUUUCUCUUAACUGGAACAAAAAGUUUAAUGGGAUCUUAAAAGGUGUGGUCCCUAUAUCUGCUGUAUUUGAUGUGAGACCUGUAAUAAGAAUGAGCGUCAAUGAUGCCCUAAAAGCCACUGAAGAGGAAGCCUGGCAGUACAGCCCAUUGAACCAUGUAGAAUCUGCAGCCUUAUGCAAUAAAGAGGUGGAGGUGUUAGUGGUAGUAGGUGGGUCAGACAGCCCAGAGUUUAUAAGGCAGAGCAAAGAGUACACUGAUGCAUUGUUGGCAAAGGGACUGCCAGCAAGGUACAUGGAGCUACCAGAGAUUGAUCAUUUUCAACUUGUAGAAAACCUUGAAGACCCACACUUUCCACUAACCAAGACAAUUUUUAGAAUGAUGGGACUUUAAUACACGAGAGAAAAUCGGAGAAGAUAAAACAAUAAUUGACACAGAAAGGAAAUAUCUGCAUUAUUAACAAAUACAUUCCAGACUGUGGGAUGGGAAAUAAGGAUAUUUCGACAAAUUCAAGUAUGUGAGAACUGUUAAAAUAUCAGUUUUAUGUCCAUGUUGCAUCUUUACAAAUGAAACGAUUAUGUUAAAUUUGUUUGUAGAUGAAAUGAAGCUUGUACAGUUAAUGUGUAAUUGUAACAGGAAUUAAUCAGAUUUUUAUAUGUAAAUGACACAGUCACAUAAAUGAUGUACUGUUACUUUAAUGACUGACAAUCGCAUAAUACAAGGUAUG